GGAAGGGCGGGAAGACGUGGGGUCAGCCCCUCGCGCUCCCAAGGGCCCGAUGGACAAAAUGAAGGCUUGUCUCCAAAGCGGAGCCCCCAGUGGGGACCCCCCGGCUGACCCUCCAGGACAGGGUGUGACUUCCGUGUUCCGGACCUCAAACCCGCGGCGGUCGGGUCAGGUGCCCCUCUCCCACCCCCUUUUUCAGGUUACAAACCUCCCACCGCUGGGACUCCUUGGGUGAGGGUUUGACGGCCAGGCACCUGCUGCAGGCCCCGUGCGGCUGCUCUGCUCCUGGGAGUGGAGCGCGGACCCAGCGGGAGGGAAGCGCUGAGAGCUCUGUGGGCCGGUCACUGCCUCCGGCCGCAGUUUUCUCACCUGUAAAAUCAUGGGGCUGGACUUGGAGUCUUAAGGUCCCUAAAUUACAGCCAUGUAACUGAGCCAACUCCUCCGUUUAUAGUGGAAAAAUUGGAGCCAGCAAGGGGAGGUGGCUUGUCCUGUGUUGCAGAACGAAAACCUGACUUCCAAUCCAACAGCUCUUCCCAGAGCGCUUUGCACCCAUAUGGAGUAUGUACUGUGUGUGCCAGGAGCACCCCUCUGUACAGCGGAGGCUGGUACCGGGGUCGAGGAAAGGCUUCAGUCCAGACCCUGAAUGGCUGAUCUCCACUUGGCACCACCUCUGCCUGUGGGUGUGAUGCUCCCGCAUAAUAAAACAAAAGCUCCCGGGCUCCACGCAAGUAAGCAAGAGCCCUAUGAAAAAGGUGACUCUCCCCAGCUGUCCUCAAUGGGGCACCUGAGGCAUCAUUCCCAGGAGAAGCUUUUGAGCAACAAAGAGCUGAUGAUGCUGAAUCAUCCCUACCCUCACACCAAACGGAACACCUGUGAGAGAGCUGGGAGCUGCUUCUGUCCCCACCGUGCUGGACUCAGCCAGCAAGAGCCAAAGAGCCACCUCCAGAGCCAAGCCAAGGAUUUGUUUUACUCAUCAGGCCCUCAGUCUCAGUACCCCAAAGCAAAUAACCAUGAAUUCAUCCCCUUCACAAAGAAGCGAGUUGGAGUGGACCGGGCAUACCCACUGAAACCUGUGUUCCACAGGAAGUCUCAUAGUACAGGUGAGACUGGCAUGGAUGGGGACCAAGACGUCUCUCCAAGACCCCCUGGGCCAAGGGAGUUGUCAUACAGCGGCUUUGGUUUGAGGAACUGGGCCGGCUCAUCUGUGGUUGGUACUGCUGCUGCCAGGCAGGGGGAGAGGACCAUGGCAAAACCCACCCGGACCGAGUGGCUGCAGAUCCAAAGACUAGAAGCUGCAGGGGAGAAUUUAGAGGAGGAAAUCCGAAGAAAAGAGACCCUCCUACGGGAAAAGCUGAAGAAGACAGAAGAAGAACUCAGAAGGAUCCAGAAGGAAAAAGAACAGGCAGAGGAAAAUGAAAAAAGGGAGUUACAGAGACUGACACUCCCCAGGAGGAGACUUAAAGGUAAUAGCAACACCACUUACAGACCCGUCUUCUCCCCAGACUAUGGCUCUAAGGAGGUCUUCAGUGGAGAGGAGGAAACUUGGGGAGGGUCUCAAGAAAAUUGUAGUCCAUUCCAGUUCUCUGGUUAUGGGAUGCAGAAGCUCAAAAGGGAAAGACUAGUGGCAAACAACAACAAAAUCCGAGACCGCGCCUCGGGGCAGGUGAAGGAGAAGUGUCCUCAGCCUACAGAAGGGCCAGGCAGCACUUUGCCAAGGUCCACCAGCAAUUCUAACUGGCCUAGGGCACCACACUCCUCAGGUUCCAGCUGUUCCACCGAAGAGCCAGAACUGGGCAAAUGCAGCCACUGUGGACGCAACUUUCUCUUGCUCAGGCUGGAGAGACACUCCAACGUCUGCAGCAGGAUGCAGAGCUCCAAGAGGAAAGUGUUUGACUCCUCCCGGGCCCGGGCCAAGGGCACAGAACUAGAGCAGUACUUGAACUGGAAGGGACCAGCCUCAGUCAAGGCUGAAGCUCCACGGAAGAGCAACUGGAGACAGAAGCAUGAAUCCUUCAUCCGUACCCUCCGCCAGGCUCGAGAGGUCCAGCGGGUAAUUGCCAAAGGUGGCAACCCCUCAGACUUGCCUCCCAUCCCGCCUGCAGAAAAUCCAGACUAUAUUCAGUGUCCUCACUGUAGCCGUCACUUUGCUCCCAAGGUGGCUGAGCGGCACAUUCCCAAGUGCAAGACCAUCAAGAACCGUCCUCUGCCUCCAAGGAAGCAUUCCAGUUGAGCAGACAGGAGUGGAAACCUCCUCAGUCGUUCCAGAAAACUCGGCUUCUCUUGAGCAGUAGGUAGGAGUAGAAUGAUUUGAUGCAAAGCAGGAAGAACUAGAAUUUGUACGUCUCCCAGAUCAGCCUGCAGAGCUGAAAUCAGGGAGGAGAAACCCAUUGCUAGCAGCAGGAGGCAGAAGGAAGUCAGCCUCCCACCUCAGGCUGGUGUGCCUCAUGUUACUGCCCUAAGAACUGAUGGGUGAAGACAGUUAAGAGUGGCGAGCAGGCUACAUUAAAGCUGUCUUCUCA